UUUUCCCUGCUUAAAUCCUGUUCUUUCAACAAGACAUCAUGCAUUUAAAACUUUUAAUGAUAUGCUUUCUGUUCUUAAGUGUUAAUUGUAUUUAUAGUCAGAAAACAACAAAUAUUACCAACCAGGAAACCGUAUCCGAUCUACAGAAUAGAGUGUCCAUACUGGAGAGAACUGUUUCAAAAAUGCUGACCGGAAGGGACACGACGAACCUCACAGGAAUCAACACCUUAAAGGUAGCAAGUGGAGGGAUUCCUAUCUUCAAUAACACUGCUGUGGUAUUUUGCGCUCGGACCAAUAGUAAUAUGGGUGGCAUAAGCACCGGAUACAUCCUGAAGUUCCCUACAGUCAUAACUAAUGUGGGAAAGCACUACAACCCGACGGACGGAAUCUUUAUCGCACCUGUUCACGGCAUUUACCUGUUCUACUGGACCAUGCAGUGUUACCACAGUGGAAAUGCACACUGUGGAACCGCUCUCAAAAUAGACAACUCACUAAAAGGGAAAAUUCGAUCCGGGGAGAAUGCUGGAAGUUAUUACCAUACUGGGUCCAGCACAGUCAUCGUUGAGGUGGAGGCUGGAGAGCAUGUGUGGAUUGAAAAUGUAGAUUACUCAAGUGCCGACAUUUACUCUUAUUCCUCAUUCGGGGGAUCUCUUUUGUCCAUUUUAUAAAGAUUGUAAACGCCUGUAAAUUAUUGUGAUCAUGAUAUUACAAGUCCCAGAUUAAUUCUAGUUUUGGUUUAAAUUUUGAAUAUAGAGUUUAAAUUGUUUCAAAUCAUUUAGCAGGUGUUGUCAGUGUAACUCUAUAUGUUUUAAUAGAAAAUCUGAAA